ACUCAAAUCAAAAUGGCGGAUUUAAACGUAAACAUACUUUCCCGGUUUACAAAGCUCCCAGACAGGAAUCAAGCGACUGUUUUGUUUGUUGGGGUGAAGGGUGUCGGAAAGCACCGACUAGCAAGAUCUAUGCUUGGUAUUCAUGCGGAUUUCUCGGUUCAGAUUCGAGUUGCAACAAGUCUUCCUUUGCCUGAAGAUGCUGAAAAUAAAAGACCCAGAAUCGAUUUCGUUGUGCUGUUUAUUGAUCUAACUAAUACUCUGAGCUUGGAGACAAUAAGAUCAUCCGUGAAGCAUCUAGACAUUGAUUACUUCCUGGGACACUGUUGCUUUGUUGUGACACAAGCUAAAAAUGAAGCCUUGCAUGCAUUCAGUAUCCAGGAGGUAACAAGUCUUGCAGACAGUUAUGACUCACCUUUAAUUUGUGCUGACAUGGAGAAAGAGGAAGACAGGAAAUUCUUGUCAAGAAAACUUCUUCACCUUCUUGAAGUAUCAUGUGGAUUUUCUGCUGAUGUAACAACAUUAUUACUGGACACAACAAGGAAAUCAUUUGUGUUUGAGGAUGAACUAAAUGACACAAUGGAGUAAUUUUGCCAAAAAAAAAAGGGAAAAAAAACUGACGUGUUGUUCACCAACUUCCAGCCGACUGUAG